AUGGUCGCGAGAUCUGGUAAGUCGGUUUACAGCUGGCCGACCACAGGUUGUAACUAUAAAAAUACAAAUUCCCAGCCACUCACGGAAGGCUGCCCAGCCACUUGUAUCGCACGUGUAUUAUCCUGGAUUGGCUUCAAUGUGCCGGGUGGGGAAGAAGAAGCGUCAUUGACCAUAUCCGCGGGAUUUCAGGCAGCCCUGCAGUCUCCAGAACAAAUAUCCAUAAGCGCUUACAAUACAAAGAGUGGUACCCUUUGCAUUACCUCGUGGCGUCUUCACUUUAUAGCAACCGCAUAA